ACGCCCCAGAGGCGGAUCGUGGCCGGGCGCGGAGGGUCGGAGAGACAGCAGCCCGCCGCGCCACAGUGUGCGGACCAUGGCGGCCGUGGACCUGCGGAAACCGACCGAGCAGAGCGGCAGGAGUCUCAGCAUACAUGUUGUGACAUGGAACGUGGCUUCUGCAGCUCCCCCUCUUGACCUCAAUGACCUGCUUCAAUUGAACAACCAGAACGUGAAUCUGGACCUAUAUAUCAUUGGUCUGCAGGAAAUGAACUGCGGGAUCAUCAGCCUUCUUUCUGACAUGGCCUUCGAAGACCCAUGGAGCAGUUUCUUCAUGGAUGUGCUGUCCCCUCUGAGCUUCAUGAAGGUCUCCUGUGUCCGCAUGCAGGGGCUCCUCUUACUGAUCUUUGCCAAGCAUCAGCAUGUGCCCUUCAUCCAGAUCCUCUCUACCAAGUCCACACCCACGGGCCUCUUCGGGUAUUGGGGAAACAAAGGGGGCGUCAACAUCUGCCUGAGACUAUAUGGCUAUUACAUCAGUAUCAUCAACUGCCAUCUGCCCCCCCACCUGACCAACAAUGACCAGCGGCUGGAGCACUUUGACCGGAUCCUGGAGAUGCAGACUUUUGAGGGACUAGAUAUCCCCAACAUCCUGGACCAUGACCUCAUUCUCUGGUUCGGAGACAUGAACUUCCGAAUCGAGGACUUUGGCUUGCACUUCGUCCGGGAAUCCGUCAAACACCAAAGCUACAGCCAGCUAUGGGAGAAGGAUCAGCUCAGCAUUGCCAGGAAACACGACCCCUUGCUCCGAGAGUUCCACGAGGGGCCCCUGCUCUUCCCACCCACCUACAAAUUUGAUCGGCACUCCAACAACUAUGACACCAGUGAGAAAAAACGCAAGCCCGCAUGGACCGACCGCAUCCUAUGGAGGUUGAAGCGGCAGCCCCAGGCCAGCCUCCAGGACCCUAGCCAGCUGGGCCCUCCCUUCUCCUUGUCUCUGCGGAGCUACGUCGGCCACAUGACGUACUGCAUCAGCGACCACAAGCCUGUCACUGGCACCUUUGACUUAGAGAUGAAGCCCUUGGUAUCUGCCCCACCGAUCACCCUGACACCCGAGGGCUUGUGGACCAUGGAGAAGGACAUGCUGGUCAGCUACUCCUUGGCCUCUGACUUCCUCAGCAGCCCCUGGGACUGGAUUGGACUGUACAAGGUGGGGCUGCGCCACGUCAAUGACUACGUUACCUAUGUCUGGGUCCGGGACAACCAGAUCUCCAUCAGCGAUGGGCUGAACCAGGUGUACAUCAACACCACCAAUAUCCCUGAGACUGAGGAGGAGUUUCUCCUCUGUUACUACAGCAACAGUCUCCAGUCCGUGGUGGGGAUAAGCAAGCCCUUCCAGAUCUGCCCCCGCUCCUGUUUGGGGGAGGACACUCAGGGGUAUGCCCAUCCACAGAUCUGAGCUGCCGGCGGAUCGAGUACAGGGUAGAGGCCGGGGCUGGCAGCCAGCUCGGCCUCCCCACUGCCAGGAGCACUGGGGGCUCGGCUUGCCCCCCGGGCAGCAACCAGGUCCCUCCAUGAAGCUGCUUCCCAGCGUGGCUCUCACUCACCGUCUGCCCUCUCCUGUCCCCAUCUCUACAAGUGGCCGCCCAAGGACAGCCUUUUGUUGCUGAGGGGCCCAGGACACCAGCUACUGUAUCUGUCAGCGGGGACAGACCAUGGGACUCGGGAAAGACCCUCCAGCCUGCAUCUUAUUUCUCGACCCACCCGCCCCCACUUCCAGCCCUGCCCACGCAGGCCUGCCAGGCAUAUGCCCCAGCUGGCAUGGGCCUGCAUUCUUGUCACGCCAUCAGGGGCCUCGGGCGGCCUGGGAGGGAGAUGCUCACAUCUGUCCAGACUGCAGAGACGAGUUGGCACAAGCAACGUCAGCAUCCAGGCAUCUUGCCAUUCUCGUGGCUUGACCUCCUGAGGGAUGGGCAUUGGCCAGGGCUCCCCUUCUCUCAGCAGGAACAGUAUGGCACCUUGGGCAGGAUGAAGGGGUCCCACCACCCAGGCUCCUCCCAAGGGGUUUUGGGCAGGUGGCUGAGGCUUCUUAUGCCAGCACAGCCUUCCCCCUCACUCCCCUGCAUGGAGUCUGACCCCAGAAGUCCCAGGGCCUAGGCAGAAAUGAAAAGGAGCUAGUUAGCUUCUGCUGUGAGACCAGACUGGCCCCCUGUCACCAACCUGCGCUCUUGGGAGGGUAGGCAGGCAGGUGUGUGGAGGCACUGUGGCCACAGUCUUUUCCUGGGUGGUCUUUUGACAAGAGGCAGUGGGCAGAAGCUCAUCUCAUUGAACGUAGUGUAGGCUGAUAGGAGAGCGUCAUUCUGGAGGGUCAGGCCCAGGGCCCUUCUGAGAGUAUUCUCCAGAUGCUGUGGACUUGGCCUGUCCCCAUUCCCACCACUUGCCCUAGCCAGUGGUCACUCAGCAGUCUCCUGACUUCUUCAGGAGAAGACAUGUCAGGGAGAGCCUCCCCUACUAUUCCCCACUCCACCGUGGGAGCUAUGUAUCAACUGGGCCCUGGCUUCUAGCGGGGCCUGCCUGGCUAUUUUCUGAGUCUUGUUAUAUUAGGGAUCAUCAGACUCCUGGCUUUUGACUUUUGUGUGACUCAUUAAUGAUGGUGAUCCCUGCCGAUCCAAACUAGACUGCCUGGGUGUGAGGUUGGCAUGCAUGGCCAGGGUGGGAACGUGGCACAGGGCCACUUUUGGGUCGCAGGCCCAGUUGGGACACACGUGCCACCUACACUGUUGGGUGUGUAGUUUGCUGUUGAGCUGGGGUUCGGGGGAACUGAGAAGCUCAGAAAAAAGGUACCCACUGUGCUCCCCCUGGCUCACCCCUCCACCCCUCACUCCCUAGUCUCUCCAAAGGUCACCAUCUUUUCUCUCCAUCCCCUAGGCUCCUUCCCUCCUAAGUUCCCCCAUAGUUACCUCUAUCCCUGCCCCCGAUGGACACACUUCUGAGAUAGCCCUGAAGUCCUGCACUGAACUGCCUGCCUGUUCCUUUCCACAGCCAUCAUGGGCGCUGCCACAGAGCACCCGCAUUUAGCAAAUGGGGAAGCAAGUCUCAGAUAAGGGGUGUACCCUACACACACAAACCACCCUCCCCCCGAGGUACAGAGUCAGCCGGAGCAGGAACGCAAGCGGUUCCUGGACACGGAGGGAUUUUUAGUUGUCUCUUACGAACAAAGAAUGUACCUAGUCACAAGAUGAUUGUGGAAAAGAUCACUGGAAAAAUAAAGCUGUCUGCCCACAAUGUA